UGACAAGCUCAGCUCAGCUCGCCUCGGCUCAUCUCACAGGUGUAGUGUACAGUGUACUAGAGACCGAAAACUUCACCCGUCAAUUGCCAUGGCGCUCAGCCUUCGAGCCGCCGCAUCCCUCGCCGCCCCGCCGGCUCACCUGCGUCCGCGCCGACGCGCCACCUCUGUCCCUGUGGUCCGCGCCACUGUGUCCCCUCCUCCGGCGCUCGACAGCAGGCGGCGCCCGCAGAACGUGUCCGGCGAGUUCUUCGUCGAUCACCGGUGCAUCGACUGCGCCACCUGCAGGUGGAUGGCUCCGGAGGUGUUCAAGAGGGUCGACGACCAGUCCGCCGUGGCGGCGCAACCCACCUCCGAGGAAAUCAGGACCAAGGCACUGCAGGCCUUGCUCUCUUGCCCUACAGGCUCUAUCCACACUGACAAGCCUACAGAAGACAUUCUCCAAGUGCAGAACACAUUCCCUCUCCCCAUCGACGACGAUCUUCCCGGAGUUUACCUCUGUGGUUACCAUUCUGAGAACUCAUAUGGAGCAACAUCUUAUCUUAUAGUUCACCCGGAAGGGAACAUAAUGGUUGACAGCCCGAGAUAUACGCCAAAACUAGCGAACCAGCUUGAGAAGCUCGGCGGAGCGCGUUACAUGUUUCUGACUCACAUUGACGAUGUCGCGGAUCAUCGGAAAUGGGCCGAGCGGCUAAAGUGCGAGAGAAUCAUUCAUUCAGGAGAUGUGGAGGAUAUCACUGCUGAUGUCGAGUGGAAACUUACUGGAAAUGGCCCCUGGAACAUUGGAACUGAUUUUGAACUUAUCCAUACCCCAGGGCAUACCGAAGGCUCAGUCUGUUUGCUGUACAAACCUCUGAAGGCACUAUUUACUGGUGACCAUGUCGCAAAAUCAGAAGAAUCAGAUGAUCUAAACCUCUUUCUGAUGUACAGUAAGCAAUCAGUGGAUGUGCAACUGGACAGCAUCAGGAAGUUACUGGACUUCAAUUUUGAGUGGUUUUUACCUGGGCAUGGCUACCGAAUCCGAUAUGAAGAUGUAUAUGCCAAGAAUUCAGCUAUUGAGGCUCUCCUUGCAGACUACACAAACUAAGGAGCAUCUUAUGAAUUAUGAUCACAAAUUUCAAAUAUAUGGAUUCCAGAAUAAAGGGACGAGGUGGAUAUGCAGUCGCAGAGAAAUCCUGAUCGACGCUACUGCUUUGGCUUUCUUGUCCAAACGCCAUCUACUUUAUUGUACUCCAUCUGUUUCUAAAUACUCCCUCCGUUCGGAAUUACUCGUCCAAGAAAUGAAUGUAUCUAGAUGUGGUUUAGUUGUAGAUAACAUCCAUUUUUAUCCAUUUUUAUGACAAGUAAUUCCGAACGGAGGGAGUACAAGUCUUUUUAGAAAUUGCACUACAAACUACAUAUGGAUGUAUAUAGACAUAUUUUAGAGUGUAUAUUCACUCGUUUUGCUCCGCAUGUAGUCUAUAGUUGAAUCUCUAAAAAGACUUAUAUUUAGGAACGCAGGGAGUACAUGAUAUCCCUCUCCUGGAUGUAUAAGGCUUGGAUAUACCUCUAGCAAGUUGAAAAUGUUGGUGGAGUAUCGUGCAAUGAAUAUGUGUUAUUGUAGUA